GAUUUGGUUUGCAUAAAACGGAUACAAGAUACCCCUCUGUAAAUCUGUAUUGUGUUUAGUUUAAAGUGUCUAUGGAGAUUCCUGAAGCUAUUGGUGUUCGAGUUUAUAUCGAACAUCGGGCCUGAAAAUCUUAGCAGAUUUUCCAAUAUAAUUGUGAAUUUUCUAUUAUCUAUGGCAGAAGGGAUAGAUCAAGAUCUCCGAUGAGGAUGAAUAGAAGAGACAAAAUAAUGGAGCACCAUAAAAACGAUACCCUACCUAAUAGCGUGAUGAACCCUAUGAUGAUGCAAAACAUGAUGAUGCCUCAAGGAAACAUGAUGAUGCCUGCUGGAAUGUUCAAUAUGAUGAUGCCAAAUGCUAUGAUGAGUAACAGUAUGUUGCAAACAACAGGGAUGGAAAUGCCUGCAUUACAGCCACAGAUUGACAUGUCCGCCAUGGGGUCUUCUCAGCCAAUGCAGCCACCUGGUCAACCUAUGGACAUGGGGUUAAUGAGAGGUGUAAUGAUGGACCCUCUGAUGGGGAUGUUUCCCAAUGUUACUGGCGAAGGUCAUAAGGAAAUAAUUCUGAAACAUUGCAAACUAAUGCCCCCAACAGAUGACUCUCCCCAUCCACCACGUCGUGCGCGACCACCAGGGUGUCGAACAAUCUUUGUUGGUGGUCUACCUGAACUGAUAAGGGAGAGUACUGUUAGAGAAAUUUUUGAACGUUACGGCAGAAUUCAUAUAUUGAGACUGUCAAAAAAGAACUUUUGCCAUAUUAGGUUUGAUAGGGAAAGUUGUGUAGAUGUAGCCAUGACUAUAUCUGGUUAUAGGAUUAAACUCUUAACCAAAGAUAGGGAUGAUAAAGAUGAUGAUGAUGAUGAUGAUGAUGUUGUUAAUGAUGAUGAUGAUGAUGAUGAUUCCCAAGCUACUAAUGGCUGGCUUCAUGUGGACUAUGCUUUGAGCAGAGAUGAUCAGAAUGAAUAUGAGAGACGUCAACGUCAAGCAUUUAGAGUGCAGCAGCAACAAAUGCAACAGCUGACAGCGCAGCAGGAAGCGAUAGCCUGCCAAAGCAUGAACUUCUGUCGUUCGCCGUCACCAUUGCGAAUACAACUAUUCUCAAAUGCAGCCAUGGUUCAGUUAGCUGAAAAAAUUAAAAGCGAAGAACAUUUCGCAAAUACACUUCCUACAUUAAUUUCAUGGUUAGAGCGUGGUGAAUGCUCGAAGAAAACUUCCAAUCAAUUUUAUUCCAUGAUCCAAGCUACAAACUCGCACAUUCGAAGGCUCUUUGGCGAAAAAAUGCAGGCAGAGGAAGAAUUGCAAGAGUGUAAAGAAAGGGUGAAAACUCAUAUACAGAAUGUGAUUGACCAACUCGAACAGGUGGCGAAAGUGUUCCAUGCAGCCACUCAUCAACGCGUUUGGGAUCACUUUACUAAACCUCAGCGAAAGAACAUUGAAACAUGGCAAAAAAUGACACAGGAGUUUAAUACUGUGAAAGAGGAAUUCCGCGAAAAAUUUUUUAGUGACGAAUCAGACUUUAAUGGAUACAAUAAAGCAAAUAGUUUUGAUUUUAUUGAUGAAGCACAACAAUUAAAGAAAGAAAAUGAGAGCCUUCGAUUCCAACUGGAAGCAUACAAAAACGAAGUUGAGGUUAUAAAAGCUGACGCCCAGAAAGAAAUAGAAAAAUUCAAAGCCCAAUAUAUAGCACGUCAAGCAUUACAAGAUUCUCUGGAGAAUAAGCCGCCAUUGCCGUCGCCCGUUAUGAAACCCCCUCCACCACCACCUCCACCGCUACCUGAUGACUUGAAUAAGUCAAAUGUUUCCUUGAAGGAUGAAGUGGAUGCCAAGUCCGGUGAAGCCAAGCUUAUUGGUGUUAUGUCGGCAUUCUUACAGGUGCAUCCACAAGGUGCCAGCCUGGACUACGUGGUGUCGUACGUGCGCGCGUUGUUCCCGUCAGUGUCCCAAGCCACUAUCCACCGCGUGCUACAAAAGCACAGUGGAGUGUUCCAACGAACCACCAGCGGCGUUGGAGCCAACAUUGAGAACCGUUGGACGUUCGUUGCUUUCAAAAGUAAGGGUUAAAUAUCUGAUUUACUAAGUAACUUUAAAAUGUUACUUCCUCCUUCUUCAUCCACGUCUUCAGAAUGGACAUGAACGCAAAUGUAGGCAAAAUUAAGAUAUAGAGGCCUUACCCAAUGCAAAACGUAAUGUGGUAAUGACGGUACUCACCGGUAAUAUUCGCUUCUCAAAUAUCGUUUCGCGAUCUUUUUUUGCGCGAGCAUUUGUGAUACAAGUGUAUUCAUGCACAACACCGUAAUGUUGUUUUAUGAAUCUGUAAAAACGGAUUCCUGAAGUUGUGCCCGUUAAAGAAUUUUUGCUAUCCAAGGCGCAAAGGUUUGUUAAGUAAUGAAAGAAAUUUAUAAUUUUUUUAUUGAGCAUAUCGCUCACAAAACAGUUUGGUUUACGAACAAAUGUGCAUGCGUGACAAACGCUUGCGCAACGGAUGCUUGCAAACUGAAAUUUGCGAAGCGAAUGUCCCCAGUCUGUCCUUAAGGUUUGAGGCGUAAAACCUUCGAUCAAUAAUAUACAAGAUUUUUGUUAGUUUACUAUUGAGGAAACCAAUGUGAAUACGUAUUAAGCACACAGAUUAUAAGAUCAGUACAUUAUUGAUCGAAGCGUGAAAUAGAACAAAAAUUUGAUUGUAAUGUUUGGCGAUAGAAACAUAAAGUAAAGUAAAUGUACUUCAUUUAUUUUAUUUUAAAUAUAAAUCUUCCAAAUCUAUCUUUUUUUUAUUUUUAAAUUGGACAAGACUUUUUUUUUAGAAAGCAGUUAUGAGUUCUCUGUUGGAGCUUGCCUAGAAAAUGCCUAUUCACUCUUGCCAUGAAGGAACUCAAGUUAUACGUGGCAGGAAACUCUGUUGCCUGUAGGGCGUUCAACGUCCUAGCAGUACCUACUAGAAACGUGAAACCUAUCCUUAGGUACUCACACAUAUAUCAUGUAAACUUAGGGGAAUAGGGUGGAAUGGUCCUUACAUAGGACUGACCACCCGCCAAAAAUAGCCGGCGUCCCCUCGUUAAUAAUAAAUAUAUCAUGCGAACUUUCAAUUUUGCAAUUCCCAUGAUUACAUUUUAUAAUAUUCUUUUAAAAAGUAAAUUUAAUUAUACAAUGUAGCAUAUGAAUGCCCAGUUGAUCAUAAUUUUACUGUUAGAUAAAUUAUUAUAGUAGUAACAUAUCGUCGUAGUAGGCAAAACAAUGUAUAAAUAUAUCUCAUUUUGGUUUUUUUAUACUUUUUAUUCCUUUUAUAGUCUAGUGUAGUACAGUUAGAUAUUUAUAUUAACAUAGCGUAUGUAAGUGGAUACUAAUUCUGCCUUUUCUGGAUUACGCCGAACUUUUCGGUUCUCGCAUAUUAAAGCUUAUGCUGAUCGCAUAUUACAAUCGAAACGUUCGCCGCCGAUUUUCCAUGACAGUCACAAUUUGAUUUCCAUAGAGAAAUGCAGUUAGAAACGGGAUUCAAGACUGCGGUGCUUGAUAUUGCGUAGCUCAUCCGUAAUAUGCGAUCUGCUUAAAACUGUUUCUUUUGUUGAAUAAUGUUGUAAUCUUUAACAUAAUAAAAUUUAUAUCAUGAAAUCCCGAGAAAUGGAUUAUAAUUAGUAUAAAACCCUAUUUUGAUGUGAUUUUAUUUAAAAUUAAGUAAUACUUGUAUAGUACUUUAUUAAUAGGUAGUUACAUUAAAUGUUUAUUGUUAACAAAUAAGUG